UACAGUUUCUCUCUCUCUCCAGCACAAACUUCCUCUGCCAUCUAGGGGGUCUCCCAGUGAGAGACACACCAAAAUGCUGAGAUCACACAUGAGUGUAACAACAAUACAGCAGCUCAUGGAACUGAAGAUAAUACCAUGCCUCAGUUUACACAGGAAACUGGCAUGUUUGCCUCAUGCACUGGGUGCAGUUCGGUGGUGGAGCAGCUACAGACCAGCCCCUGUGUUGACAGCUACUCCGGUUCGUGCCCUCAUAGAUGAAAAGACCAGCAUUAAAGGGCGUUUCCUGCCCCCGCACUGUCCAGUUACAGUGUGUGCACGAAUGCAUAGUGAGGAUGGCGACCUGUGGGAGGCGUUCGCCCAUUAUAAUACAAAAGAAGAUGGCACUGUCAACUUGAGUAGAGAUCAUUCAGUCGGAGGUUCAUAUUUGGGCUGUGAGCCCAUGGGACUAUUCUGGGGACUGCAGCCGGCUCCUGGAGCAAGAGAGGGUUUGAGAUUGAGGAAGAAAAACGUGGAGACUCCAUACGUAGUGCACAUGUCCUUACUGGAGGGACACGUGUCACCCAGUGAGGGACAGAGCAAUGAGCUGGCUGCUGUAACUACUGAGCGCUGGUACAUAGCACCAGGCGUGAGGAGAAGAGAGAUUCGUCAGAAUGGAGUUGUGGGGACGUUGUUCCUACCCCCUGGUCCGGGCCCAUUUCCAGCCAUUUUGGACCUGUGGGGAAUGGGCGGAGGACUGAUAGAGUACCGCUCUGCCCUGUUUGCAUCCAGAGGCUAUGCCAGCCUGUCGCUUGCCUACAUCGGGCACAAAGAAUUACCGGGCCCACAAAACAGUGUCAAUGUUGGUGAUUCAUAUUUCAAGUCAGCCUUCCACCUGCUUCAAGAUCAUCGUCAGGUCUGUGCCGACAGAAUUGGGAUCGUCGGCCUGUCGUUUGGAACCUACCUAACUCUUCGAAUUGCCACUCAGACUGGUGUCAAACCAUCCUGUUUGAUUUGUAUCAAUGGGCCAGUAGGAAGUACCGUGAAGCUCUCAGAUGCAGACGGCAGGACAGGACACUUUGAAGGUGACCAGAAAUACUGGACGUAUGAUGAUCAAGGCCAUGUCAGUUUCAGAGACAUCUCCUUGCCUGCUAACCUUUCCCCAGAGAGCAAAGUGAAGCUUGAGAACCUCGCCUGCCCAUUAAUGUACAUAGUUGGAGAAGACGACCUGAGCUGUCGGAGCAUAGAGAAUGCAAACGUGAUCGAAGAGACCCUGAGGGCUACGAAUAAAUCUCACUUGUUCACUCGUUUGUCAUACCCCGGUGCUGGUCACCUGAUUGAGCCGCCUUACUCUCCAAAUUCAAGAACGUCCCUGUGGAGCGUCAAACCACAGAAACUGAUCACUCUGUGGGGAGGUCAUCUUGCAGCCCACGCUGCUGCCCAGGAAGAUGCCUGGAAGAAGAUCCUGGAUUUUAUGGAAAACAAUCUGAGACGCUGAAAUCUGUGGUGAAGUGGUCUUUUGAGAAAAAGAAGAACUGGGCUCCUUUUCAGUGUAAAGGACCUCUUAAAACUCCCACACAGCUCCUUCAGACUCUCACAAUCUCACUGUCAUAUUUAACAGGCUACAGAUUCUCCACAAGGGGGAACCGUUUGGUCAUCAUAAGAACAAUUCAGCACCUGCCAGCCUACAUCAUCAGAAGGAAAGUCCUUAGCAGCAGUUUAUAUCUAUUUGCAGCUGUGACACUCAACAAGUACUUUAAGCGUCAAAAAAAAAAACAAAAAACUGUUGCACUCCUUGCCUAUAGAUGCGACACUUUACAUGUCUACAAACUGCAGAGCCAAAAUGCUGGUCUUGCUACUUUUCUUGCCAAACUGCUUACUUUAUGCAACAAACCUUUUUUUAAUACCAAACAAAACACGUAACAAUGAUCCGCCAUCCAAGUGGUUAAAAAUCCACUCACACAUAUCUGAUGUGCACUAAUCAUUCAGUCCUUUAAAAAAAAAAAUCAGACACUCUGUUCCUGUGUUCCUCUUUUUUU